CCCCAAAGACAUAUCACCGUAAAUAAGUGCCUACUGUGAUAGCUUAGUGAACCUUUUCUUACAAGUUUUAUUCAACAUUUUUGCCAACAGCACUGUCUGUUACUUUGCAAGGAAUUUAUUUUUAUGUGUACAUUUUACUGAACCCGGUUUCCACCAUUUUUUUGGGAAUUUUUUGUUUAACGAUAAAGGGCAAAAACGAGUUUUAUAGAUUAUGAUAUUGCUAUAGUAGUGUGCGAACUACGGCUUGGCUCAGCUGGUCAAAAUUUAGCUUUUGUCUUGAGAGAAAUAUCAUACUUUAUAUCGUGUCUCUAUCGUGUUAUAUGAACGGCAAUGACGUUUGCGGAGGGCGUGUAGGCGGUUUACUGUAUGCUGUCAAGUCCAUCGUUAAAAAGUCGCGAACUGUUAGUCGUCCUUGCACAAAAUAUCGGUCGAUACGGAAUGGCAGAGUACUGGAAAAGCUAAAUAAGCAGCUAUUAAAAGCGGAUUAGAUACAGUGUGUAUACCGGUACCUAACUUUCUGGGUAUGCAAUGGAAGAAUCUCCGUCCUACACAGUUACGCAAGUUAUGCCCGCCAGCCUUUUCGAUGAUAACCAGAAGCCGAAUGAUCUUCUGUUCACACUAAAAGAGCAAAAGCAGCCUCUUAUCGGCGUUGGAACAAAUGAUCCCAAAAAGUCAGAUGAUUCGAACUCCAGUUUAGUGAGGAACCUUUUUCAAAAGCAAGUCAAAACACAGAACAUUCAAGUCCAACCGGAUGAUCUGGGAAUCCAGAUCGGGAAGCAACAGCAUUUCCCUGCAUUAGGGACACCGCGACCGUUUGAUCCAAAUUUUAUCGGGCCCGUGAAGCUAAGGCGAUUAACUGAUCCGAUUGUGCUGGGGAUAUUUGGCGCUUGCUUGAUUGCUUGGUUGGCCAUCAUCGGCUACGCGCUAGCGAAUGGUGACAUUAAACGACUGAUGAAUCCAGCGGACAGUUUGGGGUUCGUGUGCGGACUGGAUCUCAUGGAGAGCAUGCCAUUCUUGUUUUAUUUCGAUCUGACGCAGUGCGUGGGUGUAGCUGCUCUGAUAACCGGAUGCCUUACUACUGCGGUUUGCGUUCCAAUGUGUCCAAACUCCAGCUUCUCCUUUAUGGAAUUAUCUACGAGUUCCGAUGACCUUGAUACCAGUCGGUUGAUCUGUAGCUACGAAGUGAACAAAACGAAUAUCCGAGACUUUCGUGAUGUGACUGCACUGGUGACCUCGCAGCAAUGCGCUGCUUAUUACUUCCCUAGUGGAGCCAUCGGAGGCCGGUGCUUCCCGGGUCUGGGCAUGUAUAACAACGGCACAUUUUUCAACAUCUUUGACACAAAGAUCCCGCGUAUUCCGCCCGUCUUCGUUACCGUCAAUAGCAACACGACAUCCACGUCGCCUACAACACCAACCAAUACUACCAGUGCUACCACGCUGAGUUCGGCAGCGGCAACUGUGACGACCACUGUCACGCAUACCACCAGCAAUCUUACAAGUAGUACUGCAGCGUCCACCGAUACAACCACGGUAGACGCCAGUGGACGCGGCCUCAAUGUCACCGGAUUGGACAAUAAGACCAUCACGGCGGACGACGCCCAUAAUGGUUCCCGGUGGUUAAUGGAGUACAUGAAGACGGAAGCGUUCAUGGCCAAUAUUACCAAAGAUUUAGCCGGCACAUCGUGGAUCAUUCUUUUGUUUUGUUUUGUGGGAGCACUUUUUUGUUUCACGUGGGUACUGGCGAUGCGCUGGCUGGCGCUGUGGUUGGUGUGGUUUGCAAUGGCGACCAUUUCGGCGCUGAUGCUCUAUGGAGUUUAUUACUGCUUUUCGACUUAUGGUUUGAUUAUGGAAGCCUUUGAAAAAGCAGAAGGAAAGUCUGUGACGGGGCUCACGAACUAUUUUGAUCUGACGCUGUACUUGACUAACCAAGACUUUUGGCUAACACUUGGUUUAUUGCUAUGUGGAAUGAUCGUGCUUCUGUUUUUAGCUAACGCUUGCCAUUCGCAGUCGCAUCCGGACCGCCGUGGCGCUCAUGCAAGAAGCAUCCAAAGCAGUUAGCGCUGUCAAGUCCACAGUCCUCUUCCCGAUUGCCCCCUUUAUCGUGGAGACGGGACUUCUGGCGCUGGGAAUCUACGUAGCACUGUAUUAAUUUGAUGAGCACACAACAACUCACGGGAACCGUUACUAAGUCAAAUGACGACACAACGGAGGGAUUUCGGGCCAACGAUACGUGCGAUCCAAACGUGAGUAAUUCUAAAUACCUAUCGUAAUUAGCCGAUUUACACAGCGUAACGGGUAAAAUACAAAGGACUUUAUUUCAAACCCACACUUCAACACGUGUUAAAAAGCAAUUAGGAAAACCAAAGCUCAUUAAACAUAUCAGCUUUCUCAACGGUGCCCAAGACAGAAGCCGCAUUGCCCCGCUGUAUCUCUAAUGACAGUCGUCGCCGCCCCGCUGUAUCUCUGAUGACAGUCGUUGUCGUAGAAAUCGGGUAAAUAAAUACUGCCGUGAAAAUUUCCGUGUCUUCUAGACAUUUAAAACACAACUGAAAGAACACCCCAAAAUAGCUGCUGAGUGUCAAGUGCAGAAGCUGGGAAUAUCGGGCGGUCUGAUAACACUCCAGCUGUACAAUAUCGCCAUGAUUUUCUGGACCAUCUUCUUCACAAUGGCACUGUGUGAUUUGGUCUUGUCUGGGACGUUUGCUACGUAUUACUGGACGUGGGAUAAAGCCCACAAUAUACCGCGCUGGGUUCUACGCGAUUCCUUGUGGCGAACAAAUACCAUUUGGGAUCCAUCGCGUUUGGCGCCCUGCUGGUUACUAUCUUCCGAUUGAUUCGUGUUAUUUUCGACUUCUUUGGAAGGCUUUUUAAACGGCUGAGUUCGCAGACGGCUGCUUACGUUCUCAGGUUUCUGCAGAGCGUUUUCUUGUUGCGUCUUCAUUUUUGAGACCUUCAUCAAAUUUAUCAAUCGCAACGCCUAUAAUAUGAUUGCCAUUUACGGAAAAGGCUUUUAUCCAUCCGCUAAAUCAGCGUUUUAUC